AUGGCCCAAGACCCCUCCACGCGGCGUCCGACCUACAUCGUCGAGCAUCUCGACCCCGAACUCGGGCCCUGGUCAGAGCUCGAAUACAUCGCAAUCGCAAAGGAAUCUCACGCCGCCGGAUGCACCUUCUGCCUCUCCUCGCUCCCUCCCACUUUCAAGACCCCUCCGUCUCUAGCCGCCGAGCCCGCCUUCAAGUCGGACUCGAGGAGCGUCGAGGAACUGUACGGCGAUGACAAGUCGCGCGUGUGCUUGUUGGACCCGUCGGCGGCGAAGGACUUGAGUCCUGAGGAUGGAAAGACGUUUGAUGUGUUCUUGUUUGGUGGUAUCUUAGGAGACGACCCGCCGAGAGACCGCACAUCUGAGCUCCGUGAAAAGGGCUUCGAGGGACGCCGACUUGGUCCUAAGCAGAUGACUACAGACACAGCUGUCCGCGUCACAAGAAUCGUAGUCCAAGAUAAGAUACCGCUUGACAAGAUCCCAUACGACGACUUCCCCGAGCUCAAGUUCAAUGAGCACGAGAGCACCGAGAUGCCCUUUCGUUACGUCAAGGGCGAAGACGGGAAGCCUAUCAUGCCAGAGGGAAUGGUGGAACUCAUUGGAAAGGAUGCAGACAAGGCCAUCGAUGACUUGUUUUAG